GCAGAGGCCGGGACUUUGUCUCUCAACACAGAUGCUGGGAAGCCCAAAGGCGGAGGCGACCUGGAUGGCGUCGCCGUCUCCACCGAGGAUGUGGUAGCAGCAAUCGAAAUCUCUGCUGAUGCGAUGCCUUUCUUGCCGCAUGAGACACACAAGAAGCGAAGGAAGGUCAAGAGGAAGAUGCAGAAAGGCGCCGUGGCCGAGCCGUCGGAGUUUGAGUGUGUGGUCAUUGACUCAGCUGAAACCGCGAAUGUGAACCUUGCUGAUUCAGCGGCACCACCGACCAGAACCCAGACCGGAAAGAAGGCCAAAGCUGCUGUGAAGAGGAAGGCAAAGAAGAAGGAGCCUCAUGGUUCGGCGGCAUCAUCUGCUACCGCUCCCGCUGCCGUGAUCGGGAACCCCCAUGGACAAGAAGAGCCUGCGGACAACUGCCUGGAUGGACGGCCACUUCAAGUCGUCCUGGGUGAAGAGUAG